AUGGAAGUCGAGACUUUGGAGCUGUUCGCCAACAUAGCCAACUAUCAGAAUCAGAACCUGUUGGGCAGCCAUCACCAUCUGCUCCACAUCGCCGAACCACAACUGCAACUGCUGCCCGCAGUGACGACGACGACGCCGACAACGACGCCACAGCAACAGCCAUUAGCAUCCAUAACACAUACCACACAACAACAAACACAGCAACAACUUCAACACCAGCAACAACAGCAGCAGCAGCAGCAACAACAACUCCAACAACAACAACAACUAUUACAACAACAACAAAACCAGCGGCCAGUGUUCGAAAAAGCCAUCACCAUUUCGUCGAUUGCGAUUAAACGCAGGCCGACGCUGCCGCAAACGCCAGCGAGUGCCCCACAGGUGUUGUCGCCGUCGCCCAAACGCCAGUGCGCCGCCGCCGUUUCGGUGCUGCCCGUGCCAGCAGCAGCAGUUGCCGCCGCACCAGGUGCCCAUCUGCAGUACGCUAGCUCGCCGGCAGCAGCAGCAGCAGCCGCCGCCGCAGCAGCCGCCGCAGCAGCAGCAGCACUUAAAGGUCAUCAGCUGAGCUUUGCACAUCCCACACAGUUUGCCGCCGCCGUUGCCGCACACCACCAGCAACAGCAACAACAGCAGCAGCAGCAACAGCAGCAACAACAGCAGCAAGUCGUUCAGCAACAACAACAGCAACAAGUCGCCUACGCCGUUGCGGCAUCACAACAACAGGCAGCUGCAGCCGCAGCAGCAGCAGCAGCCCACACACAUCAACAACAUCAUCAGCAGCAACAACAACAGGUGCAGCAGCAACAGCAACAACAACAGCAGCAACAACAGCGUCUAGUGCAAUUCAAUCAGGCGGCUGCCGCCGCUGCAUUGCUCAAUCAGCAUCUACAGCAUUCGGCCGUCGUUGCACAUCAGCAACAGCAGCAGCACGUGGCGGUGCUGCAACAGCAGCAGACACCUGCCCACUACAGUGGCUAUCAGCUGCGACACGCCCACACUGCGUACGCCCCCCAACAGCAACAACACAUUGUACUGAGCAACAGCAGCAGCAGCAAUAAACAGCAGCAACAGAGCGUGAGCACGGCAGCAACAACCACAGUUGCCAGCACACCAGCGACCACUGCAUUAAGUGUAGCCACAGCAGCAACCAACAACAGUAACAGCAACAACAACAGCAACACCAACAGCAGCUCCCCGGGCAGCAGCUCCACGCACGAGUCGCAGUCACAGGAAUCCGAGUCAAUUUCAGCACCGACGACUCCCUCGCCGGCUGGCAGCGUCAGCGCAUCCGCGGUCACUGCAACAACACCAACAGGAGCAGCUACAACAGCGGCCACAGUCGUUACCAGCGACAGCAAUAACAACACAACAACAACAACUACAACUAACGGCAGCAACAUAAUGGAAAAUCAGAUGGCACUCGCCCCACUGGGACUCUCACAGAGCAUGGACUCCGUGAACACGGCCAGCAAUGAGGAAGAGGUGCGCACAUUGUUCGUCAGUGGUUUGCCAAUGGAUGCCAAGCCACGUGAGCUCUAUUUGCUAUUCAGAGCCUAUGAGGGCUACGAAGGAUCUCUGCUAAAAGUAACUAGCAAAAAUGGCAAAACAGCAUCGCCCGUUGGUUUUGUGACAUUCCAUACAAGAGCCGGUGCCGAGGCAGCUAAACAGGAUCUGCAGCAGGGUGUACGCUUCGAUCCCGAUAUGCCCCAAACAAUUCGCUUGGAAUUCGCCAAGAGUAACACGAAAGUGAGCAAACCCAAACCACAGCCCAAUACAGCGACAACAGCCUCACAUCCUGCAUUGAUGCACCCACUCACUGGACAUCUUGGCGGGCCGUUCUUUCCGGGCGGACCCGAGCUAUGGCAUCAUCCGUUAGCGUAUUCGGCUGCCGCCGCUGCUGAGCUGCCCGGCGCUGCCGCCUUGCAGCAUGCAACACUCGUGCAUCCAGCACUGCAUCCGCAGGUGCCCGUUCGCUCCUAUCUCUGACUAAAUACAGACAAAGUAAUGGAGCAGCCUAUGCAUCAAACUCAAAUAACUAUGCCACAUCAUCAGACAACUGCUACCGCUUUACAUCCCAGCCAACAGGCGGCAAUGGCACACAUGGCUGCUGCUGCUGCCGGCGGUGUGGCUGGCGGUGGCGGUGCUGCUGCUGCGGCUGCUGCCGCCGCUGCUGCUGCCGCUGCCGGUGCAACGCCCCAGGGCGCUGCUGCUGUCGGUGGUAAUGCAGCUGUGGCUGCCGCAGCCGCCGCUGCAGCUGCUGCUGCCGCAUCGCAUCAUCAUUUUUUAUCCAGUCCCGCGUUGGCAAGCCCCGCCGGCUCCACCAACAACGCCACACAUCCGGCAAAUCCGCAGAUAGCCGCCAAUGCGCCCUGCUCCACGCUGUUCGUGGCCAAUUUGGGCCAGUUUGUGUCCGAGCACGAGCUCAAGGAGGUUUUCUCUAGUAUGCCUGGCUUUUGUCGCCUACGAAUGCACACAAAAGGCACUGCUUCAACAGCAACAACAACUACAAGCUGCACCACUACUGCUACCAACAACCACAACAACAGUAACAACAACAACCAAGCACAACAUCAACAUCCGGUGGCAUUCAUCGAGUUCAACGAUGCCCCAAGCGCUGCUCAGGCGAUGCAACAAUUGCAGGGCAAAUAUUUGCUUAGUUCUGAUCGUGGCUCCAUACGCAUCGAAUACGCCAAGACCAAGAUGCUGAACGAGGUAACGCUGCCAACGGCGCUGAUCAACAACAACAACAGCCACAAGUCACUGGCAGUUGCAGCAGUAGCACCGACAGCAACAACCGUCGCAGCAGCAACUCCGACAGCACAUCAGCAACUAUUUAUUUUGAAUGGCGGCUUGGAAUUGCCACCGCCACCGCCGCCACAUUUGAGCCAUGUUAGUGCCAGCAAUAUGUUGGUCGCAGCCCCAGCAACAGCACCUCUCACAAUCCCAAAUGCACAACAGCAACAUCACCAGCAGCACCAACUUCAGCAGCAGCAGCAGCAUCACCAACUCCAACAGCAGCAGCAACAUCAAUUUCAACUACAGCAGCUACAACAGGCGCCAACUGGCUGCACCACCAGCACCACUAGCGUUGUUGUUAAUUCACUACAGCACCACCAACUUCAUCCAAAUCAGCACCACCAAAAUCAUCUCUUUAGAGACAGGAGCGGGUAUGGAAUCAAGGCAUGAUUUGCUCGCUAAGAAAUUAGAGCGCGAGAUGCAACAACAACAACAGCAGCAGCAACAACAGCAACAGGCACACCACCAGCCACAGUCGCAUCAUCAGCAUUACCAUCAGAGCCAUCAGUCGCAUCAUCACCAUCAUCAUCAUCAGCAU